ACCCAGCCAUCAGACAGAACUUGACAUUAAUCUUCAAAUCAAAGUUCUUUUUGAGAAGCUGGUGUCUCUGUCACAAUGAUCUGCAUGGCGUUUCUUUUCCUUGCUUUCCUUUUGCACCCUGCCACUGAAGGAUCCCCCCUACCCACAAGGGUGCGCUGCAGCUGCAUUGGAAGUGGGCUUGACUUCAUUCCUCCAGCUCGAAUUGAGAAGAUUGAAAUAUUUCCAUCCUCUGCAGUUUGUUCACAACUUGAAAUUAUUGUUACCCUGAGGGAUACAACACAGAGGUGCAUGAAUCCAAAAUCCAGAUUUACUCAAAAUAUAAUCAACAAAGCAAAGAAACAAAGAUCUUUACAUUAAGAAUCUCACAUCUGGUGAUAAAGAAAGAAGGCUCAACCACAAAGAGGAAAUUUGGCAAACCUACUCUGACCUGAAGCGAAUUUAGUAAAACCAAAAGUUUUUGGUUAAGAGUCAUUCCAGUCAGUAAACAAAUCUUGAUUAUUAUUUAUUGAGUAAUCAAUACAUUGUUCUUUGAAAGAAAAUAAAUUAGAACAAUGCGUAUAGUAAAACUUGAGAAUUUACUAAUGAUGGCAAUUGAUUUUGAGAGUAAAAUAUCUCAAGUAUCUACACAAGGAUUUCUUUCAGUGUGAACGUGACUGUAAUGUUUGCACUUUUAAAGAUUUAUUGUGUUCAUUUAAAAAUAGUUUGCAUUUUGGCAAAUUCUUUUAGGGCAGUUUUGUCCAAGAUAGAUUAUAAAAUGUAAUUGUAAAUUCUGUAAUAUAUCCUUUGUAAAUUUCUGUAUUUUUUUAUUGUCAAAGAAUAAUUAAAAAUAUAAUUAUA